AUGUCUCCGACUUUGACCCUCCGCGGGGCCCUCGGCCUCGUGCUCGGUGCAGCCUCCGUCGUGGCUGCGAAAUCUCACAAGCAUUGGGUCGAUGUCUGGGCGAGCAUGCCCCAGGCCGUGGAGCCUUACAAUUUGCCCAAUGCCCCCUAUAACGGCACGGACGGCGUGUUUCAAAACACCACAAUCCGCCAGACGGUGUUCAUCACGCAAGAUGCUUCGACAAUCCGGUUGCAGAUCAGCAACGCCCUCGGCCUAACUGACCUGCCCAUCACCGCGGCGACCAUCGCACGGCCUUCCAAAGGCACCGCUGGCUCUCCGGCCAUCGACCCAGACACACUGCAGUACCUGACUUUCUCUGGCGCGCGCUCCUUCGAAAUCCCCAACGGCGCCCUCCUUCUUUCCGACCCGAUCGACUUCCCCGUUCACGCCCAAACCAGCCUGACCCUCACGCUGUACCUCGCCACUGGCCAGGCCGGCUUCACCAUCACCGGCCACCCGGGCAGCCGCACGACCAGCUGGCUGACGCAGGGCAACCACGUCGAGGCCUCCAACGUAUCGACCUCCACCACGCAGUCUAUCGACAAGUGGUUCUUCAUCAGCGCCAUCCAGGCCUGGCAGCCAUCCUCACACACCUCCAUCGCCGUCGUCGGCGACUCCAUCACCGACGGCCGCGGGUCCACCACCAACGGCAACGACCGCUGGCCCGACCAGCUCGUCGCCCGCCUGCAGGCCGACCCGCACUACCGCACCAUCUCCGUCGGCAACAUGGCCGCGGGUGGCAACCGAAUCCUGGCCGACGGGCUGGGCCCCAACGCGCUGGGCCGUGUCGAACGCGACGUUCUGGCGCACAACGGGGUGCGCUACGCGAUCGUGUAUGAGGGCGUCAACGACAUCGGCACGGCGGCCACGGACGAGGCGAGCCAGAAGCUGGUCGGCGACCGGGUAUUGACGGCGCUGGACCAGAUCGUCUCGCGGCUGCACGGCGCGGGCAUUGCGGUGUUUGGCGCGACCAUCACACCGAUGAGCGGGCCGGGGCAGGUGUAUGGUGAUCCGGUUCGUGAGAAGCAGCGGCAGCGGGUGAAUGACUGGAUUCGGCACAGCGGGCGGUUCGAUGCGGUGGUGGACUUCGAUAAGGUCGUGCGCGACCCGAAGAAUGCGACGCAGCUGGCCGAGGAGUAUAAUAGCGGUGACUACCUCCAUCUGAACCCGGCGGGGUACAAGGCCAUGGCGAAGGCGGUGGAUCUGAAGCUGCUGACAAAGUUCGCUGACGGGGUGGAUUCCAUCGUGUAA